AUGAUUUUGCUGCAGCUGACAGUCCUGGGUUAUUUGAACACGGGGAAAACAGCUCUAAUCAAUUCCAUUAUGAACAAUGACAUUUAUAGCAACUAUGUCCACACGGAUUUACCAACCGUAUACUACAAAGUACACAAGGAGAAAAAUAGAAGCUUUUGCGUUGAGAUUGAAGAUACGUCUGUUAACGUGGAUGUGAAUGUCUUUAUGAACAUGCUGCGGAAAAAAAGUACUGAAUUUUUUUUUUUUUUUGCACAAAUAAGUGUGAACUAGGUCGCGACGGAUAAUAGAAGUAUGCGAAAUCCUGUGUUCAGUUUAUUUAACAAACCGAUGAUUCCUUUUCAAGGGGGAGACCAAUACAACACAAUCAGCUACGGUAAGAUGGCCUACUUUCUAGUCUUCGACCUCACGAACGCGUCUACCCUCGAAUACGUGAAAAUGAUUUACACGAACAUGUCCAAUGUAUAUGACCGAUAUUAUGUAAUGAUAAGACGGUUUGAAAAAAUGGGUGCUCUUGUUUUCGGCGAGCGUGCUGCAGUGGUCGCUGCGGUUGCUGAUGUUGCUGUGGCUGUUGUGGCUGCUAUGACUGCUGUGGCUGCUGUGGCUGUUGUGGCUGUUGUGGCUGUUUUGGCUGCUAUGACUGCUGUGGCUGCUAUGACUGCUAUGAUUGCUGUAGCUGCUGUGGCCGCACAUUUGGUCACGGAAGAUUGUGAGUUAGUUAGGCAGGCAGAGAACUUCGCAAACGAGAACAUGGUUCAGCUGUGGCUAACAUCGGCAAUAACGGGAAGCAACGUCAAAAAGCUGUUCAUUCACACGAUCCACAUGGUGUACAAUAACACUAACUUGUGGAAAUACGACAUAGAGGAGUCCGGUUCCGAAACGACAGAAAGUUAA